UAAGAUCAAGCCUCUACCGCCGUGUGUCGCGAGUGUCCGCGGGACGGCUUUGGUCACAGGGCUCUUGCUUUUCGCGGAAGGCAGAGAGGUUAGGCGUACGAUUUGAUGACUGGUGGGGAACGCGUUGUGAAAAUCGGUGAUUUUCUGGAUCAUCUCAUUGUAGGAUUAAGAUUUUCAACUCGCGUAAUAUUUAGUUGGAGUGGUUAUGUGGAAUACAAGAAGUAUUUUUGCUUGAAACAUCCAACAAAUACCUGUGGAUAUCAGGAUAAAGUCUCCCCCUUCACUUCGUUAAAAUUAAAACAGUGCCGGGUGAUAGUGCUGGUAACUCCACCGAGAAGAAGUACAACCAAUUGUUAUUCUGCCACUAACAGUGGAAAUAGUGAGUCAGGAACCCCUUCACAAGGGGUUCUUUGGACGGAUUCAAGUCAAGUCAAGUCGAACUUUCAAGCGUUGUGGUGAAGAUUUUCCACCGCCUUGCCGACUCCACUGGCCCACUGCAAACGAACAAAGGAACCGUUUCUCGCGGAAGUACUCUUUGUGUGGACAAUUGGACUGUCGACUACAACAGUGGUACCUACAUCAACUAUUGGACCCCUCCAUCUAGUGGACAACACAGGUGGUGCAGCUAAAUCAGAGUCCAGGAAGCUUAGUAGCCGCAAGUUAUUUCUU